CUGAAAAAGGCCAAAGCCGAAGGCAAGCAGAUCUGGUACUUCACCACCCCCAAAUCUGUACCCAUCGAGGUCGUCCAAAAACAGGUUAUUCCCCUCGACAAGGUCCACACUGGAAAGUCGAUUUUUGCCCACGACGGCGCCGACUACACCGGCCACUUUGAAGAGCCUAUCAAUCAUGCCAUCAAGCUGCUCAUUCCUGGAAAGACAGGGGCGAACUAUGAGACUUUGGACCACUCAGUCGAUCGUGUCAUGCACAUCACCCGCGUGACUCGCUUCGAUCAGGAGGCCAAGAGCGAUGCCGUCUCCGCGGUCGCAGCCGUAUCUUCGCCCGCUAUCACAGGCGCUCCCCGGCCACAGCCUAAGGGGCUGAAGGCGCGUUACCGGCCGUUUGGGGCCACCAAGGGCAACGACGAGUCUACUGAAGAAGAGGACGUCCAAAUGGGCGAUGCCCCAGUACUAAGUUCCAAGACUGACACACCAAAGGUGGUAGCGGCGAAGAAGCGCAAGCACGGUGACGUCGAGAAAGCGACCCCGAAGAAGGAGGAGUCGACGUCUACCCCGAAGAAGUCUAAGAAAGCUCGUGUGAACGGCUCUAGCUUGGCCAGGGAGGAUAAGCUUGAAGCCCCUGUCACUGUGGCUCAUACUUUGUCAGCGUCAUCCGAAACCCGCUCUGCUAAGAAGUCAAAGAGUAAGGACAAGUCGCAAACGACGGACUCCCCCGCUCCAGUGCAAAAGCCCAAGGGCCCCCAGAAGGCCCCCAAGAUCACACCGGUUCCACCGCCUGUUAUCCCCGGCGUGACGAGUCCUUAG